CUUUAUGUGAUUCAUUUUUAUUUAUUUACGCAAAUCGGUUCCUUUGAAUAGUUCGGUUCAUUGCUCAUUCUGAAUCGGACACGUAACACAUGGUUCUCGUUUCACUCCGGACUGAUUCGUGAACGAAUCGUUUGGAUGGUUUGAAAAGAUCCGACUCAAAAAUGAUUCGUUCAUGAAUCGGACGUCGCUUCCGUCUCUCGAAGUCGGAUUGUAUUUACUGCUUUGCAGUGAGGGAAAUCACUAUUUAACUGCUUUUCUGGACUGGACUGAGCUUGAUAUUAGAUUCCUGCACGCCUCAACCUGCUGACGAACAUUUAAAGGUUUUAUUAGACCUGUCAGCUCUUAUCAUGGGCAGUUUAUAUCUCUCAAGGGGUCGGUGUAUUCUCCGUCAGGUGUUCUCUGGCUCACACAUCACGCUGCAGCGGCCUUACAGCCUCGAUGUGUCAGCGCAGCUCCUGCGGAAAGAAGCCUUCAUAGAAGGGCGCUGGGUCUCCGCUGCAUCCACGUUCCCCGUGUUAGAUCCAGCCACGGGAGAAGAGAUCGCGAAGGUGUCAGACUGCGGUACAAAGGAAGCUCAAGACGCUGUCAAUGCUGCGUACAAAGCGUUUCACCCGUGGAAGAGUCACACAGCCAAGGAAAGAAGCAUUUUGCUGCGGAAAUGGUUUGAUCUGAUCAAUCAGCACAAGGAAGAUCUUGCCAAGUUGAUCACAGCCGAGUCUGGGAAGCCCAUGAAGGAGUCUGUUGGUGAGAUGACAUACUCUGCCUCCUUCCUGGAGUGGUUUUCUGAAGAGGCCAGACGUGUGUAUGGAGAUAUUGUCGCACCUUCAGCCAAGGACCGCAAGAUCCUGUUACUCAAGCAGCCGGUGGGAGUGGCUUCCAUCAUUACACCUUGGAAUUUCCCCAGUGCCAUGAUCACCAGGAAGGUGGGCGCUGCGCUUGCGGUGGGCUGCACUGUGGUGGUGAAGCCGGCUGAGGACACGCCUCUCUCUGCUCUGGCCCUUGCUGAGCUGUCGGUUCAGGCUGGCAUUCCUCCUGGGGUGUUUAAUGUGGUGCCCUGUUCAAGAGAAAAGACCCCUGCUGUUGGGGAGCUGCUCUGCACAGACCCUCUCGUGGCCAAAAUCUCAUUUACUGGCUCCACAGCCACUGGCAAGAUACUACUAAGACACGCUGCAGGAACUGUUAAAAGGGUCUCCAUGGAGUUGGGAGGACACGCCCCCUUUAUUGUAUUUGACAGUGCUGAUGUAGAUAAAGCCGUUGCUGGAGCGAUGGCUUCCAAAUUCAGGAACUCAGGCCAGACCUGUGUGUGCUCCAACCGCUUUUUGGUGCAGAGUGGCAUCCAUGAUGCUUUCAUGGAGAAGCUGGCGAAGGCUAUGGAUGCCGAACUGAAGGUUGGCCACGGCUCAGAGCCCACCACCACACAGGGGCCGCUCAUUAACACCCGUGCUGCAGAGAAGGUGGAGAACCAGAUUGCAGAUGCUGUGGCACAGGGAGCAGUCAUAGUUCGAGGUGGGAAGAGACUAGGGGGCUCCUUUAUGCAGCCCACCCUGCUGUCCAGUGUCAACACUGACAUGCUCUGCAUGCGAGAGGAGACCUUUGGACCCCUUAUUCCUGUUGUUAAGUUCAACACAGAACAGGAGGCACUUGCCAUUGCCAAUGCUUCUCCUGUUGGUUUAGCAGGUUACUUUUACUCAAGAGACAUCAGUCAGAUCUGGCGGGUGGCUGAGCAGAUGGAGGUGGGCAUGGUUGGGGUCAACGAAGGUCUGAUCUCCACCACAGAAGCCUCUUUUGGUGGACUCAAACAGUCUGGACUGGGCAGAGAAGGAUCCAAAUAUGGCAUUGAUGAGUAUCUAGAAAUAAAGUACAUGUGUUUGGGUGGACUCUCCCUUUAAAGACAAUGGUUACUGGCAGGGAGUAUGUCAUUAUUCAAGCAAGACAAUCAUACAAACAUUAAUCUAUAAAACUCGUGAACCAUUCUUUUUUUUUAAUAAGAUGUAACUGAAUCAUGACUAUACAGAAACAUUUCAAUCAGGAUCAUUUAGAUAUUUGCUAUAAAAAUGGGUACAAAUUGUCCUUUUUGCGAUUCCUUCCAUUAUAACUGAUUGAUGUAACCUAGUAGCUCUGAAAUAAGAUUGUCUUACACUGAAAAAAAAAAAACUUAUUUUUAAAAAUAUCUAAACAUCCUUGAAGCAAGGUACAUUUACUUUUGUGUAAUUGGGUAAGUAAGAUUUUUCAGAAAAUAUAGUUUAUUUUUCUUACUACAUUUAAUUCUAGAUUGAAAAGAAGACAAAAAUACUCAUUUAAGUUUUUUUUUUUCACAUUGUAACUUUAUUUUGCUGUGCAAAUUCAUUUAGGCAGAGAAAAAGAAAACCCAAUUUACAAUUAAGUGUAGUAUGUUCAAAUAUAAACCUAGGGGUGGAUCCGGUGAGAAAUCAAAGCACAGUAUUUCUUUAAAAGAGGGAAAGAAAAAAAAAAGUUUAACUUACUGAGUGUUCUAUUUUUGUAAUGAAUGAGACUGUUAAAAAUGAACCAUUGACUGUGAUGGGAUGUUUUUGGGUGCUCAUGUUUCCGGAUAGACAAUUCUGAUUUUAAGUAUUAAUGCAUAGAGAUUUGUCAAGUAAAAAAAAUUCUGUGGCCAAAUGUUGUAUUUGCAAGUGUAUUUUAAAAAAAAAAACUUUUCUCUGUUUUAAUGUUUUUUGUUUUUUUUUAUUGUUAAAAAUAUUAAUUCUCUAUUGAUAUACCUAAUUGUAUUGUGAACUGUUAUAUGUAUGUAAAUGUUUAGAAGUAUAUUCAUUUUCUUACCUUAGGAGUGAAAUUUUUGCAGAUAAAAGCACAUAAAGGUACAAUGACUUAAUAUACAGCUGAGAACCUUCAAAUCUGGAGAUUUCAAUUUCUGCUAUUUGUUCAGUUGUGCCAUUUUCAUUAAUAUGUGAACUCAAUUUCAUUGCAUUUCUGCCACUGAUACUAUAAAUAUUGAACUUUUGUUUUGGUUCUAAAACAGUCUAACCUCUUUAAAGGGCCACAUGUCUUGGAUUUUUUUGCAUCUCCAGCUGCAUUAAAACAGAAAAGAACAUAAGAGAAAUGCAUCUCACAAUAUGCCUGAUACAACUGGCAUCUAUUGCAAUUCUAGCUAAAGCAGACAUUUUUAAAAGGUUGUAAAACUAGAAUGCUAUAAAGACAAAUACCAGUGUACAGAAUCAGUAUACCACCAAACCAUAACAAAAAUAAUGCAUUUCAAUCAGGCACAUUAACAUUCAGAAAGUUCAGUACAAAUAAAAUGUUUUGCAUAAAGAA